AGCCGCUGUCAAGGGUAGACUUCCGAAUCGGAUCAAGUCCAAGCCUUAGGUUUCCAAGCCGACUCGAUGGCGGAUGAUGACCACACCUUCGAGUCCGCGGAUGCUGGCGCCUCCCACACCUACCCCAUGCAGGCGGGCGAGAUUCGCAAGGGCUCCCACCUCAUGAUCAAGGGCCGCCCCUGCAAGUGUGUGGAGGUGUCCACGUCCAAGACGGGGAAGCACGGCCACGCCAAAGCGCACAUUGUGGCCAUCGACAUCUUCACAGGCAAGAAGAUGGAGGAUCUCUGCCCGUGCUCCCACAACUUGGAUGUGCCAUUUGUGAAGCGGACAGAGUACCAGGUGCUUUCGGCCGACGCAUCCUCCGGAGAGGUGAGCCUGCUCACCGAGGCCGGCGAUACCAAGGAUGACUUGAACUUGCCGACUUUCGUGAAGAUUGGCGAGCCCACGGAAGAGGAUUCCAAGGUGGUUAAGGACCUCCUCACCGAGUUGGAGAAAGGAGACAAGGCGGUCUACGCCAUCGUGCAGAGCGCUUGCGGGGAGGAGAAGAUCAUCGCCACGAAGCUGGUCUGAGGCGAUUGAGCCAGUGAGGGUCGAAUCGCGGCUUUUGGCUCUGGCUAGGGGUCCCUGGAUGGACACAGUCCAGAAGUGUCUCUGCCCCUGAUGACAUCUGCAGAAUUUAUGGCGAGCGCACCGAUUCGAGCUCAUGGUAACGAUGCGCUUGGCUUGGAGAUCCCUUAGUU